AGCUGUUGUUCGCCCUUGCCAUAUCAGCUGUUUCUUAUCGCAUCGCGCAGUCCGCAAACAUGCCAGCCCCCAACAUGAUUCCGACCACCGAUGCCGAAAGGCUCGCACUGAUCUCCCACAACCUUCAGGAGGUCAUGAACAUUGAAAUUCUGGAGAAGGUCUACCAAGAAGGCAGAACCCCUUCAAUCUACUGGGGUACUGCUACAACUGGUCGUCCCCAUUGUGGUUACCUUGUCCCUGCGAUGCAAAUUGCUUCCUUCCUUCAGGCCGGCUGCAAAGUCAAGAUUUUGCUCGCUGAUGCUCCCAUUGAGCUGGUCAAGUACCGUGCCGAAUACUACCGUCACUGCAUCACGAGUCUUCUCAAGGCUGUUGGAGUUUCCACUGACAAAUUGGAGUUUGUCCUCGGUUCUUCCUACCAACUUACCCCUGAGUUCAACAUGGACAUGUACCGUCUCCACUCCGUUGUCUCAUCACACGACGCCAAGAAGGCUGGCGCCGAGGUCGUCAAGCAAACUGACAACGCUCCUCUGAGUGCACUCAUCUACCCCAUCAUGCAAUGUCUUGACGAGCAGUACCUUGACGUGGAUGCUCAGUUUGGUGGUGUUGACCAGAGGAAGAUCUUUGCACUGUCAAAGGAGAUUUUGCCCAGAGUAGGCUUCAGACAACGCGCACAUCUCAUGAACCCUAUGAUUCCAGGUCUUCAAGGAUCAAAGAUGUCAAGUUCGGAGCCCGAGUCCAAGAUUGAUCUUCUUGACUCUGCCGAAGUCGUCACCAAGAAGCUCAAGAAAGCCGUCGCUGCUCCCAAGAUCGUUGCCGACAACGGUAUCCUCAGUUUCGUAGAGCACGUACUUCUCCCCUUCAGUGCUCUCCAAACCGGCGAGCCGAAGUUCGUCGUCGAGCGCAGGGAAGGCGAGCCCCUCGUCUACACAACCAUCGAGAAAAUGCACGAAGACUACGCCAACGACAUCCUCUCUCCUCAAGCACUCAAGCCCGCCGUCACAGUCGCGCUCAACAAGCUGCUCGCACCCAUCCAAGCAGACUUCCAGAACAGCGAGGAGUGGCAGAAGAUUGAGAAGCUCGCUUACCCUCCUCCCCCUGCCCCUGAGAAGAAGGUCAAGGUUAAGAAGGAUAAGGGUUCAAAGUUCCCCGGUGCCGCCAAGAAGGAUGUUGUCGCCCAGCCUGAUGGUCAUGUUGAGGGUCCUGGUAGCGCUGAGGUGAAUGUCGGCAAGGCUGAGGAGGCCCUCAAGAAUUUGGAUGUCAAGCAGGAGUAGAAGUCUUGCUCCUGGUUGGAGACUUUGCAAAAAUAAAAGAUUUUGCGACGCGCUGAUAGUGUGUUGAUUACAUAUCAGAAUAAAAGGUAGACUGACGCUUGCACUGUCAUUCCAGACUCUUCCGAGUAGCCGUGCAAACUUGGCCACAGUCAUCGCUUCCUUUGCAUGUCACGUAGUGAUCAGUGUCAUCGUUUCGCUCUGGUCGCGGCAGCUCAC